AGCAGGGGAAGAGCAGUGACUGCCUGCUGAGGAUCACUGGCAGGGGAUGAUGGGGAGCUCACAUCAAGCUGGAUGGUGCAAGAAACCCACAUCACCCACAAAUGCAAGAGCUACUUUGGAAGUUGUCAGGAAGACCAUGAACACCAUUGUUCUGCUCAUCAUCGCUGCCAUCACAGGCGCUACAGGGAACAACAGAGUGACAGAGACAGCAACAGUAGGUAGCAGCCCUGUGCUCACCUGCUCUCCCAAAACAAAUGCAACUAUGGUAACAUGGAAAAUAAUGCCCAAGGUUGGAGGGCACUGCGCCUUGGGGUACAGGGCUGAUCAGAACAAGAUAUACAGAACAAACUGCAGUGACAGAAUCAACUGGAAAUUCAGACCAGAUCGAGAUCCCACCCUUGAGAUACGGCAGGUGGAAAUAGCUCAUGAGGGAGAUUACACCUGCGAACUAGUAAAAACAGAAGGGAAUUUCCACAAGACGUACCACCUGACUGUGCUGGCCCCCCCGAGGCUGACCCUGUACUGUGAUGACCACGGGGUCCCUGUGUGCCAGGCAGCGGCAGGGAAGCCGCCUGCUCAGAUCUCGUGGGUCCUGGAGAGCACCUCCACCCCCAGGGAAGAAGCCCACGACAACGGGACAGUGACUGUUCUCAGCAAGUUCACAGCACACAGCGCCAACAGGACUAAUACGACCUGCAUUGUGUCCCACCCAGCUGGGAACCAGAGCAAGUCCAUAGCCUGUCGUCCCCCGGGAAAGGAGAUGGAUGUAGUGGUUUUCCUUUCUACCAGUAGAGCUCAAUGGAAAGGCAGGAUUCUUCAGAGAUUCAUGACACAAAAAGAUGCCAAGGGUAUGAUCACCCAGAUCUAUGUAUUGUAA